AUGGAGGCACAAUGGCAGGAUCAAAUAUUGGUGGUUAAGGAAGGAAUCCAGUCCUUCUUUGAGUUCGAAGCAAAGGAUGACCAGGCACGGUGUAUUGCACACCUCCUUUUCAAACAGAGAGACCUGAUCUUAACGGCAAAGACAUCCUUUGGCAAGAGCUUAAUCCAUCAAGCACUGCCAUGCCUUUCUAGAGGAUCUGUUGUCAUUGUGAUCGUCCCCCUUGAUGCACUUGGUAAAGAGCAAGAAAAGAAGAUCUCAUCGAUCCCUAGAACCCGACCUAUCUUCUUAAAUGCAUCAAACAUGAAUGAUGGAGCGAUUCAAGAAGUACAGAAAGGUGCUUACACUCACAUUAUUACCUCACCAGAGCAAUUGAUUGGCAAGAGGUUCCGUAUCCUUAUCCAGGAUCGGCUAUUUCGGUCCCAUCUGCUUUCUAUUUGCAUUGACGAGCUUCACCUAGUUUUUGACUGGGGUGAUAAGUUCCGCCAUUCCUAUACAGAACUGCGUAUUGUCCGACGGGAGCUUGAAGACAUUCCAUGGUUUGGAACCACCGCAACUCUGGACCGGUUAACAUUAUCCUAUGUCCGGGGGCUUCUAGAAUUGUCAGACCAUGUCCAGGUUAUCCAAACAGACACCAACCAAGAGGACCUUACCUAUAUCGUCAAGCAGAUCCCUAUACAUACACAGAAGUCAUUUCUCGGGUUAAAUUUCCUGCUCGAA